AUGGCUCUAUCAGUCCUUAGUGUGGACAGGAUCUCUAUACUUGACCCAAACCGCCAGGCUAUUUUCAGAGGCACGAGCGUCAGCUGUAUUAAUGUCGCUACAGUACAAAACGCUUACACGACUACAAUCUGGGCCAGCAAUUGGAAUCCACCUCCACAAGGAGGGGUGAACGUCCCAUUUGCUCUCAUGGUAGAUGCGCAUAACCAAGAUACCCAAAUCUUCAACAUCGAGGUUACUGGCGGAUUUCCCUUCCCUCCCGAAUGGAUCAAUCUACAAAACCAGCCAGGGUUCUUCAAGAUAAAACUCACUGACCAGAAUGGCGUCUCGCUACUAAGUGAAUUAUAUCCAGUCAUUGACCCGGCCAAUCCGAAUCCAACCACCUUCUUUGUCCAGCAUUUUAAGUUGGAACUAUUAGCCAACGGUCCUAUCUUUGGACCUUUUAAAUCAAGGUUGAAUUGGAAGCUUUCAAUUAUCAGUUGCAAUGGUCUAGGGGCUCCUGAAGGCUUCUUCUUUGUUGGUAGUCUCCACCGAGCUUUUUCCCAAUCAUUUCCACACGGUCAUCGCCUCGAGAUUAUUCGCAGUAGUGUCCUCGAUAUAGUUGACUAUUUAGAGGAACACUCGACGAUUCAGUACAAACAACGGGCGGCGAAGAACAUUGCUAAGGAAAUAUGGGAUAAACUAUCUCCUCGUCUCCGGUAUGACGUUUUUGAAGGCCGAGGCAGAUGCGGACUGAGUCACUAUGGUGGUAAACUAGACCUUACAGUCGUUCUGGAAGCUCCAGACCUUCUCGUCAACUGUUAUGACCUCGCCGGCAUCAGCCAAGCAUGGUGUGCCUCACUGGGUAAGGCUGGCAAUCAGGCCGCCCAGAUCCCCACCGCUGUCCUCGAAACAGCCUGGGCGUACAGUGGAGAGUGGUUUGGAUACGUUACGGAAGGCCCCCUUUUUGGGCGGGUGUCAAAUGUGGCCGAUAACCAAAAGAAAUGCAAUAAUCCCUUUUGGGGUCACUCAGGUCAGCCAUGGUAUGCUCAGGCAGACUUGAUGGAACCUGAUCGAAAUCCUUUCGGUAAUCACGCAUGGGUAGAGGUACAAAUCGAAAACGGACAAGCACGCCAGGUUUUGGAAAUAUGCCACGCUCACGUAGACUUGACUAACCUGGCCAAUGUUACCUUGUGCAACGCUGACAUUACUCGGGACAAGUGGAUCGGCCGUGCAGUCAAUGUGGGACUAGAAACGAAUGCCAACAUCGAUAACUGGAAGCCUAUUGCUAUUGAUCGAAAUGGUCUUGCGUUGGAAAUGAUCGCUCCGGGAGUUACCCGAUAUGUCUUUAUGCCACGAGGAAGUCAUGGCCUUGGAGGAUUUGUUGGGUGA